AUGGAGAGGACUUUUAACGUAAUAGAUUGGAUAGUAUUUGUUGGACUACUAUUGGUUUCUGUUGGUAUUGGUGUGUACCAUGCCUUGGCUGGAGGCCGACAGAGAACGACUGGUGAAUUCCUGAUGGGAAAUAGGAAGAUGAGUCUCAUACCCACAGCCCUCUCCAUCCUUGUCUCUUUCCAGUCCGCCAUAUUGAUCUUGGGUGCUCCAGCUGAGGUGUACACCAAGGGGACUCAGUAUUAUUUGUAUACUUUUGGACAGAUGCUUGCCGUGCUACUGGCGUCUGUUGUUUAUAUUCCACUGUUUUAUCCAUUGAAGUUGACCAGUAUGUAUGAGUACCUAGAACAUAAGAACUAUACAGAUUUAUUUUUUAUAUACAGAAUUAUAUUGUGUAAAAUGACUGGUUUCCCGGAGUGGGCAUCCUUCAUUACCAUUGGUGUUGUUUGCACCUUGUAUACUUUUCUUGGUGGACUGAAGGCUGUGAUAUGGGUGGACGCAUUUCAAUUCUUGAUCAUGAUGGCUGGUAUACUGGUAAUUAUUUGCAAGGGGGUGCUGGAGGUUGGAGGAUUCAGUGAGGUGUGGAGACUGAACCAGGAAUGGGACAGAGUUAACUUUUGGAACUUUGAUCCUGAUCCAACAGUACGACAUACAUUCUGGGGUCUAGUUGUGGGAUCAACCCUUAACUGGGUCGGGUCAUAUGGUGCUAGUCAAUCCAGUAUUCAACGUUACAGUGCCCUCCGGAGCCUUAAAGAAGCCAAAAUGGCCAUCUUUGUGAAUUGCCUGGGUGUGUUUCUUCUGCUGACAGGGGCAUGUUUGAUGGGCAUUUCCGCCUUUGCAUACUAUGCCCAGUUUGGUUGUGACCCAUUGACCAGUGGUCAGAUAAAGAAUAAGAACCAGCUAAUCCCACACUUUGUGAUGGAAAUUCUCAACAUACCAGGAAUUCCUGGUCUAUUUAUAGCCUGCCUGUUUAGUGGAACACUGAGUUCCCUGUCGUCUAACCUGAGUUCACUAAGCGCUGUCACAUGGGAGGACAUUUUAAAGCCUUUCUUCAAACUUAAAUCGGAGAGAACAAAGGCCAGGAUCACACGCUUUAUUGUUUUCUUUUAUGGAGCCGUAGGAAUUGGAGUGACAUUCUUAGUGAGAAACCUAAAAGGCACAGUAUUACAGGCUUCCCUGAGUUUUAUGGGAGCUGCCUCUGGAGCCUUGAAUGGACUUGUCAUAUUGGGUGCUUUCUUUCCUUGUUGUAACUGGAUGGGUGCUGUUGCUGGGAGUAUCAUUUCUUACAUCAUCAUGCUUUGGAUCAACAUUGGGAAAUAUUCAGUCAUUGGGUCACCAGAGACCCUCCAGUUUCCUACUUCAAAUUGUGUAUCUGAUGCAGAUAUGUUAGAGAUAAACGUUACAUCCCUGUAUUCUGUGUCGACGUAUUCUCCAGACAGUAUGAUGGACUACUCGACUAUGACAGCUACAUAUACAAACUACAUAAAUUCUACAUCCUUAACUGGAACAAUAAACAACGAAACCAGUAGUGUCUCCUCUGUUGGUGGCCUUGCUAAGUUUUACUCAUUAUCAUACUUGUGGUAUUCUACUUUUGGAACACUUGUCUGUAUAAUUGUUGGACUUGUCGUCAGCUUGAUAACAGGACCUACAAAAAGACACCAAGUUGCACCAAAGUACCUGAUCCCUGUGUUUGACAUCUUUUGUUGUUGUCUACCUCAUCCAAUCCGAAAAUUUCUUCAUUGUAAUAUAGAUCACAGUAAAGUCCAGGACAAUGACUAUGAUCAGGGAGACCAGCUAUAUGUACCGGUCAGUCACCCAAACAGGAAACUUACAGGUAUUAUAGACGCUUCAGGGCGGACAGAUGUCAAACCUGGCUUACCUAAUGGAAACAAUACUUAUAACAGAUACAAGAUCAAUGAUGACAUUGAUGAGGAUACUGGUCUGUGAUGAUGUACUUCUCUGAUAAGUUACAUCAGAGAUGGUAUACUGGGUAGUAAAGAAUUAUUUGUCCAAUUUUUUUCUGUUUUGCUUCACAUCAAACUAAAUUUUUCAU